AUGGCGUUUGCAUCCAGAUCAGCAUCGAGGUUGGCGUUGCGCCAACUCGGCUCGGGUCCAGCUGUGGCUUCCAGCUCGCGAACGGUCGUUGCCGCCUUCUCGUCCACCGCCUCCUCCUCGUAUGCUGCAUCAACGCCCGAAGAUGCCACAUCGCGUAAAGCUCCUUACUCGGCGGCCGCAGAAGCCUCUCCAGCACCAUCAGAGCUCAACGCAAUCGGCCGUGGUCGCAAGUCGGCAGGUCGGGGUCGACCCAAGAUGCUCGCCCCUUACGACCAGUGGAUCCUUUCCGAUGCCCGCGUCUACAAGCAGCCUAAACCCGGCAUGGGGCCCAACUGGAUCGGCGACACCCCUUUCCCGCUCAACCCCUCGUUCAACCCUCCUGCUCCGAUCCGACAAAGUACCAAGACCGAGAUUUGGCGUCUGCAUGCCAGCGAUCCCAAGGAGUGGACCAUCCGUGCGCUCUCUGAAAAGUUUUCCAUCGGUCUGCAGAGGACGGAAGCUAUCCUGCGAUUGAAGGCUCUAGAGAACGAAUGGACGUCACAGGACAAGCCAUUGCAAAGCGAGUUCCAGUCCAACAUGGACCGCCUCCUUGGCGCGCAAGACCGCAAGCGCGGACCCGAAUUCGAACCUUCGGUGCAGUCCAACGACAAGUCGGUACGCGGCAUCCAGCACGAAGAGUUCUCGGAAGCCGAGCCAUUGGACGCACCCUCCGUCAUUGCACCAGCGUUGGCCGAAGAGACUCUCAAGCGCUCCAGCAUGAUCGCUGCGCUUCCGAGCGGAGGUCCCGAUGUGGACGCGAUGGGAUCCAGCAGGGUCGUCGAAAACAAGCGAGCUCCGUUGUCCAUCACCAGCGUCUCUGGCGAGUCGUACAAGGGCGCAGGCCGCGUACAGCGGAACGAGCGUCAGGCCGACAAGAGGAAGGGGGCUGUGGCUAAGAAGCAGGCUGCUGCAGAUGCGGCUGCGGAGGCGGUCGCGGAAGCGGCCCGUGUGGAACGGGAAAGGCGCCGGAAGGAGCAACGCAAAGGUGUUCAGGCCAAGAAGCCGACAAAGAAACGUCCUCAAGCCAACAUGUCUGCCAGGAAGGGACAACAGGUCAACAAGUCUACAAGGAAAGGACCACAGGCUAAAAAGCUCCCGUAG